CUACCCAGUGCACUUCACGAAUAAUCACUCUUUAUUCAGUCCAAUCCCUCUCUCUCUCUCUCUCGAUCUUUUCAUUUUUCGUGCUAUUAAAAGGGAAGAAGGGAAGGAUCAAUAUGAAGAGCAUUUCUUUGACCGGUCUGUUCGUAUCGACCCUAGUCGUCAGUGCGAGUGCAAUCCCGCACUUUAAUAGUAUCUUCGGAAGAGGGGCUCAGGAUUCCUGCUAUACGCAGUACGGGGAGGGACGCUGUCAAAUACCGAAACUUUGUAAGUGAACCAUCCACGUUAAUGUUGUUGUACCGUAGAUGUUUGUACGGAAGGAUAUGCUGACAUAAUUGACCCCAGGCAAGGGCAUAUCGGUCGGGGGAAGGUACUGUGGAGGUGGUUACGGCGGCGGUUACGAGAACCAAUGCUGUGUGGAGCUUGUGUGUAAGGUGUCCGCGGGUACGGGAUACUGCCGUAGUGUGAAGAAUGGCGGAUGUCCCGGCGGAUCAUUCCAAUAUAGUGAUUACGGAUCUUCCGUACACCCCCCCCUCUCCCUCCACUUGCCCGGCCAAAACUAACACGACAGAUGCAGGAAUGGCCCUGCACUGGCGGCGAUACCCAAUGCUGCGUCCAAAGCCAAACUCCCUACCCCCCCUCGCCCGACUCGGACGACACCAGUUCCAACAGUUCAUCAGAGUACCCCGGAGGCGAUGCCCGCAUCCACGGGAAGGCAAUCAAAAUGAUCAAAGAACUCGAGGGCUUCCGCGGUGACAUAUACAAAGACCAAGUCGGUGUGGACACGAUCGGCUACGGACACAAUUGCGCUACCGCGCCGGGUACCUGCGAAGCCCUAAAAACCCCCAUCACGGAGAAAGAGGGGGAAGACUUGAUGAUGAAGGACAUGAAGCAGUUCGAGAAGUGCAUUUGCGACUUGCCGAAUUCCGAGGAGCUUAGCAGCAAUCAGUUUUGUGCGAUGGUUAGGUAUGCGUCUUUUUUUUCUUUUCUUUUCUCUCCUUUUCUUCACUUGCCCUCGAAGUCGACCUCGACUGGAAAGGUCUUUGGCUAAUGUGAGGUGCAGUUACGCGUUCAACACUGGUUGCUACGGCACCCGCGACCACUUCACGGAAAUGAUGAGUAAGAAGGAUUAUCACGGAAUCUGCACCUCCCUUCCGACAACGAAUACACUCGGCGAGGUCCUCAAAAGCCGCCGAGAGGAGGAAGCCAAGUUGUGCAAUACACCGACUAAACAGUUCAGCGGAUGUAAGAAGCAUGAUUAAGCGAUCGGGGGCGCUUGGACGCCAUGUAUAUUCUAGUUUCCUUCGCAUACGAAGUUGAUGUCUAUAGAUCUUGGUUCACGUCAGACACCGCGAGGACUAGGAAAUUUAAUGAGAUAUUUUGAUGCCCCAGAUGUUCUACAUCCGUACGCCCACCUGAAUAGUUGUAUCCAAGCCGAAAAUAAGAAUCGGAGAAAGGAGAAGGAAUUCACGGUGCAGAGCCACGAGCGGCGCUCGGGCCACAGGGCAGCGGAGGAGAGGAGAGGCCAUCUGGUGAAUUGUUAG